GCCGGAUUGGCGGACUGGCUUCUUACCACGACCUUGGGUUAACGGUUCAGACCUUGGUUGUUCGCCGCCUUGGUUUCCCGUUGCCAAAGUCCUGUCUCCCUCCCUUUCCCCGAAGGCUGACCUUAUCCUAUCUCUCUGCUAUUCUGUGAUUCCAACCAUUCCUUUUCACUACCACCAUCAGCGCUGGCCGUACCUUCUCACAUUGCCCUCCCUGCCCUGUGGACGUGGACCAUCCCGCCAUGAUGGCCUCGCUCCUCAGCUCGACGCCGGCAAACCCACCAGGUCGCAUAUCCCAGCUGCUGCCCACCGUGAAAUGCUCAAACUGCCAUCAGCCUGUCCCAUUAGCAGACCUGGGCGAGCAUAUAUGCGUCAAGCCGCCACCACUACCGCCUAUCCCAAAGCCGGCGUCCCCUGCACCUUCAGCUCCGUCAGGCUUGUCCCAGCGACUACAGAGCUUAAUAUCGUCACCAAAACCUAACAGUAUAUCUUUACCCGCUAGUCCCCCUUCCCGCCCUUCUCCUCCAGCUCAGCCGCGUCCUACCAGUCGCUCAGCCCCAUCACAACGUCCUACACCUACACCCCAACAUCGCUCUACCCCAUCAACCGCCAGUGAACACCUACGAGCGCGCACCACCUCUGGGCCAUCAUCUACUCCAAACAGAUCCAGUCCUUUGGCUCGCCCUGACCCAGACAGACGCGACACGUCGUCUUCAGCCAGUCGACAAGACCUCUCCGCGCUGUCUACUAAUUCCUCAUUCCGUUCCAGGACGCCUUCAUCUGAUUUUCGUACGCGCACCGUCUCCACCAGCUCUAGCAGCUCAUCACCGAGCACUGCUCGUCCUUCGUUCAUCUCUACUAGGGAUUCCCCUUCACCCCAGCCGCAGUCACCGCCUAAAUCUCUAACACCACAGCCUGUCGUUCCGUAUGUCGGGCCUCAAAUUGAUACCAAAAUCGGCGGAGAAGCGGGCAUGGCUGGUGUUGGCCGUCGUGGUUUUGCUGCUGCAGCUCGGGCAACAGUAUUUCUCGCGCCGCAACCUCCACGCGAGAGGAGUCGUGAUAAUGCUCCUCAAUUUCUGGAUAUUGCUGCUGCUUUGAGUUCGAACGCCACUCCUCCUUUAUCUCCGGGAUCCGGAUAUUCCUCGACAUCUCCAGGUCCUGUUUCACCACUAUCCCAAUUCCAUUCCCCUAUCCUUUCUUCCAAGCCGCCUUCACCCACCGCUCUUAAUGUCAAUAACGAUGCCAGUCCAAUAUCGCCGCUUGCCAUACGCCUCCCCUUCCCCGAUAAAUUUCGCAAAUCUGUUACGCCUAUUGAUACCAGCUCGAUACCUAUACCUAAUACUCCGUCGACAGCGACAUCUCGUACUCGCUCUAGAACCUCUUCCUCUACUUCCCGGAAUCAUGCCCCCGCGCGUUCUGUCAGUCGAAGCACAACCGCUUCACGGCGUGAUGAUCAUGUCCCCACAUCCCCCAGUUCCGGAUCAGAAUAUGGCUUAGCUUACGCUGAUUCCACAGAUUACGAAGAUGAUCGAGACGUCGAUUUCAACACUAAAACGAAAGCCAACCCCCCUCCUCCACUUCCCCUAACCACUUCCAUCCUCCGAUCCACCUCUCAGACCAGCCAGCAAAGUCACAUUCGUUUUCCGUCAGCCUCGGAUCAUGAUCGUUCGACUAAACAGCCAUCACCACAUCAGAAGAACUCUGGUUCUGUGUCGUCUGUCUCUGGUGCCGAUGCUGCUGCUGGAAUAGGGAGGGAUAGGAGCAAUUCUUCUCUUAUCGCUCAGGCACUUGGGCUUUCUCAAACACCGCCGAGUAAUUAUGGACGGCUUGGUGGACCGCCUUCACGUAGUGCCAGUGGAAGUAGCAGUGGUAGCCGUAGCGCUUACUCCCGUAGUACUUCGGUGUCCUCUGGGGCCGGACUGGGUAUGAUUUCGCAAUCCUCUUCUAGUCUGACCACCGGUAAACUGGAAAGGGCGAUGGAGACACUAUUGGAGGACGUUACAUCGGAUGAUUUGCGAAAGUCCUUGUCCACAAGCAAGUCCACCGGGAAACAAGGAUAUUUCAACAAAGAGGAUGGUAAUGAUACGAGGACCUCAACUGUGCCAAUACCGUAUCGGAGUAAUACGAUGCAGAUGACGAGCAGUCCAGAGAGUAAAGCUGUGAAGCUGCCGGCGCGCGCGAGGACGGAGAAGGAGCGGUCCUCAGAUUUGGAGAGAGUGCGGAAGGGAAAGGAAGGGCUGCGUGGUAUAGAGCGACCGGCCAAGAAGGUUCGGAUUUGUGUGCGCUGUGAUAAGAGAAUCGAGGAUGGGAGGUGGAUACAGGUUGACACUGGAGGUGUACUUUGCGAGCAGUGUUGGAAGAAUAUGUAUUUGCCCAAAUGUCGUCGUUGUAAUUUACCUAUAGAGAAACAAGCAAUAUCGUCGUCCGACGGUCAACUUAAAGGAAAGUAUCAUAAAGACUGUUUUAAUUGUCAUAUAUGCCACAAAUCAUUUCCCGACAAGACGUUCUACGUAUUUGACGGCCGACCGUUAUGUGCUUAUCACUAUCACGAAGCCAAUGACUCCUUAUGUGCUGCUGCUCCUUGUGGCCAGCCCAUCGAAGGACCGUGUGCCGUCUCGCAUGCGGGAGAUCGGUACCAUCCUGAACAUCUUUUAUGCGAACAUUCCGGAUGUCACGAGAAGCUGGAGGAAUACUGGGAAGUAGAUGGGCGAAUGCUGUGUGAGCUACAUGCGAGGCACGCGAACGACGUGGAUGAUUAUGCGGCGAUAAAAUCUACGAGGCGAGUGACAAGAUUUAUCGACGUAGCUGGUGCGUCUGAACUUGGACUGAGAUGAACAUUCUACAUUGCAUCUUAAUUUAUUUCUCACUUUUUCCUCUCACACUCUGCGGCUGCAACGGACCAUUUAUCUCUUCACAAUUUCGCAUACCAUCAUUUUGCUGUAUCUAAUUGUAGUUCACCUUAAUUCUACAUUCGUUCGUUUUCACCGUUUUGGGACUUUAUCCAUAUUUUUUGUGUUUGAUUUAUUAUGCUUCCAUGUAACUUAGCAUCUGUUCUGUAAAUACUUUAAGUAUACUUGGACCGACACGACUCUUGACACUUUUC